AACUGCAUUAAUCUAGCUUCUGCACCAAAACCAUCAGAUAAUUAAGAAUCUGCCACAGAGAAAAUGGUGAUCUCUAUCGAGCAAGAACACCCCAAGAAGGCAUCUGGAUGGGCUGCAAGAGAUUCAUCUGGUGUUCUCUCUCCCUUCAGUUUCUCCAGAAGGGAAACCGGAGAGAAAGACGUGACGUUCAAAGUGUUGUACUGUGGGAUUUGCCAUUCGGACCUUCACAUGAUCAAGAAUGAAUGGGGCUUCUCUACCUAUCCUCUGGUUCCAGGGCAUGAGAUUGUUGGUGAAGUGACGGAAGUAGGAAGCAGUGUACAAAAAUUCAAAGUUGGAGACAGAGUCGGUGUUGGAUGCAUUGUGGGAUCUUGCCGAUCUUGUGAAAAUUGUACCGGCCACCUUGAGAACUACUGCCCCAAACAGAUACUCACUUACGGUGCCAAGUACUACGACGGAACCACCACCUAUGGCGGUUACUCUGACAUUAUGGUGGCCGAUGAACACUUCAUAGUACGCAUCCCAGACAACUUGCCUCUUGAUGGUGCUGCGCCGCUCCUAUGUGCCGGGAUUACAACCUACAGCCCCCUGAGAUAUUUCGGACUUGACAAGCCCGGCAUGCAUGUAGGUGUGGUCGGCCUAGGCGGUUUAGGCCACGUCGCCGUGAAGUUUGCCAAGGCUAUGGGAGUGAAGGUUACAGUGAUCAGUACGUCCCCUAAGAAAGAGGAGGAAGCUCUUAAACACCUAGGAGCUGACUCGUUUUUGGUUAGCCGUGACCAAGAUCAAAUGCAGGCUGCCAUUGGUACCAUGGAUGGGAUCAUUGACACAGUUUCUGCACAACAUCCUCUCCUGCCUUUGAUUGGUUUGUUGAAGUCUCAUGGAAAGCUUGUUAUGGUUGGUGCACCAGAGAAGCCUCUUGAACUUCCAGUUUUUCCUUUACUCAUGGGAAGAAAGAUGGUAGCUGGUAGCGGCAUUGGGGGAAUGAAGGAGACACAAGAGAUGAUAGAUUUUGCAGCCAAGCACAACAUAACAGCAGACAUCGAGGUCAUACCAAUCGACUACUUGAACACUGCUAUGGAGCGUCUAGUCAAAGCAGAUGUCAGAUACCGUUUUGUCAUCGACAUUGGAAACACACUGAAGGCUAGCUCUUAAAUCCUGCAAUCCAGACUGGAUCAAUGAAGAAACAAGAACAGAAACUGAGACUGAUUUAGUGUCAUACUCAGGUGUUGGUUUUCCUUGUAGAAUUUUUUGUUGUUUGCUACAUGAAUAAUGAUCACAUGAACAACUGCCUUCUGUGAUGAUUUGAUAAUAAAAGAAUACAUGAACAA